AAUACGAUAUGUCCCGGGAAAGACUCGCAAUGACGGCCCUGGCCGGCGUAGGCGUCGUGGGCGCCACCAUCUAUGCCACUCGAAGGGGAGGCCCCAAGACCGACGCCCAGGACAGGAGAGACAAGGCGCAAGAAACCCGCGAGCUCGGCCUGGGCAGCGCAGGCGUGGGAGGCAACCGAAUGGCCGGCGGCCCGAGCAAUUCAGCAGCGCCGUCAGGCCCCGAGCGGGAUCCCGCCGACCGGCAGGUCACCUCGUCGGAUGCCAAGGGCAAGCUCCCGUCUGGCGGCGUGGGAGGCGGCGAGGCGGGCAGCAAGUCGGACCACUCCAAGUGGCCGAACCCGGCCAACAUCCUGGGCAGCACGGUGCAGAAGACGGGGCCGAGGACGGCGAGUCGAGAGGAUGCGGAGGGACAUCACGAUACGAGGGGGAUUAGCAAGAUGGGGCCGGAAGUCGAGACGAAGCGAGGGCCUGCCGAUGCUACGCGCCAUUGAUG